GGCAGCUUCAUGCGUUCCUUCCCGUCCGUCUGUCUAUCGUAGAAAAAAAAAACUCAGAGACGCAAAAUAAGAAGAAGAGAAUCGCGAGGAGAUAGAAACCUCAAAUCGGGAAUCAAUCAAUCAGCGUCGCCGCCGCUGAGAAAAUCUGGAGGAGAGACCUAAACUUCGUGUUCAUCAGAAACCCCCUAGAUCCGAAACAUUUUAUAUGAACUGAGGCUAUUGGAAGCAUUCUAGGGUUCUUAUUGAUGAAGAACAACUGACACCAUUAAAUCUCAGAUGAUUGAAUCGAACAAAGGGGGAAUCGGAUUAGGUGAGAGAGAGAGAUAGAGAGGUUAGAAUCUGGAACUCUAAGAUCCAUAUCGUUUCGAUUUGAUUUGAGCCUAACUGUGUGUGCUUUAGCUUUCUGUGAUAUGAGACUUACUUGAAGAGACUAAGUGGUUGUGGUUGAGUCUUUGAAUCGGAUCUGUUUGUUAGGUCGUUUUUUUUGUUUGUGUGUAAAGAUGCAUGGAAGACAGCGAAACUUUGGGAAUGGGUACAGAUCUGGUUUUGGGAUGUCUGCUUCUAGAAUCUCCCCUGACCGUCCUAGGAGAGGACAUGGCUUCUUUGGUUCUGACCACCACCACCAGCAGCAGCACCACCGUGGUGGGUUUAACCGUGGAUAUGGACGAGGUAGGGGACGUUCUAAAUCGUUCCAGAAUCAGCUGCCUCCGCCUCUGCCUCCUCCAGCUGUGCAACGUAGAAGCAUUGGUGGCAGUGGAGACGUUUUUAUGGACGCAGGUCGUCUAGCAGCGGAGUACUUGGUUUCUCAGGGUGUUCUGCCACAGAAUGUGCUUUCAGGUAAAUGGCAGGGUGGAGGGGAGUUUCAGGGUGGUUCUUCUAGGUUGCAAGAAGCAGCUCGAGUUGAUGUUUUGCCUCCUGCCGCGGAGAAAAGAAGGUAUGCUGAUGGCUAUGCUGGUUCCAGGAACAGUUUGCAAGGAAGGAGGGGUAAUCGUUAUGAGUCGGAGUUUGGGAGGAGUGGAUCUUGGUCAGAGAGGAGUAAAGGUUACGAGGCCGAGACUGGUGAUGACUCUGUGUCUGGGCAUAGAGAAGAGCAGCCGCUUGUUGAAGAUAUUGCUAGCUCGGUUCAGAGGUCAGCCUCUGGUGAGUUUAUGAGAAAGCGCGAAGGAGCGGGUGAUUCCGAGUCUGUGUUGGACAAGGAUGAGGCGCAGUCUAAGACAGGUUCCUCCAGUGCUGGGAAAGAAAUUGUACAGGAUUGUGAGAUCUCAAAGGUGUCCGAAGGUUCUUGUAGCUUGAGUGCUGGAUCAGGGGAUAUGAUAGGUAGGAACGGUGGUAAUGGUGGAGAGAACGAGAGCCAGAAUGCUGUCGAAGAUGCACCUAUCCAUCAACAUGGUGAAGAUGCACCUAUCCAUAAGCAUUGUGAUGCUGAUGAAUCCUUCACGGAGAGUGGUAUUGAUUUGGCAACGCUGUGUAAGUUUGAGAAGGUGCCUACGAGGAUGCGCUCUUCUCUGACUGCUAAAAACACCAAGCUGCAUUUGAGUCAGAAUAUCAAGGAAACUUCUCAUAAUCCUGGACUCCUAGAAGAAGAUCAAGCAUGUGAGACUCGAGGCCAAUCAUCUGGAAAAGCUGAUAAUACCGGGGAUGAAAGUUUCAACGACCAAGUUGAAAAUUUGCCUGUUGAGAACAGUAAAUGUCCUAGGUCUAAUUCUUUCCCCAACAGCAUUCUCAGGGAAAACAAAGAGAAAGAUUCAGAAUUAGAAUUGCCUAAUAUCCAUAGAUCAUAUUCGAUGGGGAAAGGAGGCCAGAAGCGAGCUAAUGAAGGCAGUGACAUGGAGGAGGGAGCAAAAAGACAGAAGAAUUGGGUGUCUUUGCCAGUUUCUGAAGCCAGUGAUGGCUUCAACGCAUUCAAAGCAAGCGAAAUCCAAAGCGACGAGGAAGAAGAAGAAAAGCCAAUCUCAUUCUACAUGAGACUGAUCGACGGUGGUGCUGGAAAAACAGACAACCAUGAAAGUCUGGCUAAUAAAGGCAAUGAUAGUAUACAGAGCGGAAAAUCAGGACAUGGGUAUGCAGAAGAGCAUCAGCUGUUUCCUGCUUCGUUUAAGAUGUGCGACCUAAAUCUAGGGGGAGCAUCGAAUGGGAAUGAUGGCAAAAGAGAACCUGGUCAAGCUGUUGGUUUUGAUCUAUCGAUCAGCAGUUCUAGCAAGCCUAUUGAUUUCAGUACUAAUACUAGGAUGAGCAAUGGUAAAGAGAUAGAAGUGAUUGAUUUGGACAAUGAUGAUUCCCCAGAAGUGGUCAAGUCAGGGAGAAAGCAAGAAGCUGGUCCAUAUAUGGGCAUUGAUGAUGUUCCAGACUACAAUGAAGGGCUGAUGAUGGUUGAGUAUCUUGAUUCAUUUGGAAACAUUCCUCCAAUAAACCCGGGAGUUAGUACUACUGUGCCACAGAACAACGACGUUGCUCUUCAAGACCAACGAGAGGGAGCUCUUGGAAAUGAGCAAGCAGCAAAUAAUACAGACGACGAUUCGAUAUUCAUGUCGCUGGGAGAAAUACCAUUGACAUUCUUGCAAACUUGGGACCAACCUCCGGCUAGAGGCUACGAGAAGCCUUUCUGAUUCGCUUUUUCUUUUUGUGUUACUAGUUAUCAUUAUUAUUAUGAUAUACAUGUCUGUGUACUUGAGUGUGUAGCCUUUGCAUUUGUCCUAAUCCGUCUCAAGAUGUAAAAGAUUAAGAACGACAUUAGUGUGUGUGUUUAUGGUUGUGGCCUCUUGUAAUUUCUCUGUUAUUUGACGCAUCUCCUUUGUUUAAGCCUUUUAGGUAUAGUUGAAACU